AUGUCUUCAAAAGAUAAAGCUUCAAUGGCAAACGAAACCAACAUCGCUGGAAGUAAUCAAAAGGACAAGCCUGUAGAUUCACAACCCUACAAAGAUCAAUCAAUGGGUCAUAAUCUUCCAGUUGCGAAAGUCAUUACCCAAGGUUCCACUGCAUUAGAAGGCGUUGGAACUAAUCCAACUGGUCGUGAAGUCAACACUAAUCCUGGUAAUCCAACCACCACAGAUAAAGCAAGUGGUGCUAUCGAUAAAGCCAUAGGUAAGGUCAAAGAACAAGUAGGGAAAAUUGUCGGUAGUGAAUCGAUACUAGAAAACGGAAAAGACCAAAUAGCAGAAGGCCAGGCUAGGAUCCAUGGAGAAUCCUAUGAGCGUCAAAGGAAAUUAUAA